AUGUCUACAGUUAAGAAUUUAAAGAAGAGGAAUACUAGCGGCCAAUACGUAAUGCCACUGCAGAAACACAGGUUGUUAAAUGCGACUGCGGUGACGAAACGUUGUGCACGAAACGAUCAAGCAAAUCGUCCGCAAUCUCUGCCAUGGUACAAUCUACUUGGCUUGCAUACACCACCAGAUGUCGAAGCCUGUCCACACUCCCGUGGCUAUCUACUCAUCAAUCGGGUCGUUGACAAGGAUGUUGGUUGA